AUGUCCGUCAUCGGCCACCUUCGAAUGAUCCCUAGCGCCGCCUGGCCAUUGGGCGUCGGACUUCUCGUCAACUCUGCUAUCCUCUUUGGAAACGUCGGCGUGGACCUCGCGGGUGCAGUACCGAUCUCCAGAGAGAAACUGGGCAAGACCGAUCUCCGCCCCAAAGACAACGUCCGAAUCUGGUCACUGUUCUACAAGACCGCAGCUUCCUACAUUGUCCCAGGAAUCAUCAGUACCACCUCCCUGCACCUCCUCGCCGCGUACCUCACCCCUUCUCGGCGCGUCCGAAACUUUGCACUCACCGCCGCCCUCGUUUCGCUCAGCAUCAUCCCCCACACCCUCCUCUUCAUCCUGCCGACCAACAAGAUCUUGCUCGGGCUGGACAAGAAGGCAGAGUUGAGACCGGCCGAGGAGAAGGAUGUGGGGUAUUACAUUGGGAGGUGGAGCGCACUGCACAAGGGGCGAUAUGUCCAGUAUGUGACGAGCUGGACGGCGGGGUUGGGGGCUUUGAUGGGUGUCGUGGGGAGGUGGUAG